CGGGGGACGGGGCUCCCGGCGGCCCCUUUGUGUGGGCACCAGUCGCCGGCCGCGCUCCCGAGAAGCUGCUGCCGCCAUUUUGUGCGCGCCUGUGUUCGCGCCCACCCCCGCCCGCCUUUCCGGGGGAGCGGCGGCACCGGGGACGCCCCGACUGUGCUGCCGGUCAGGUGAGGCGGAGCGGAGGCGCCGGGCCGCGCCGAGGCAGCUACCGCCGGCGGCCGCCGCAGCCGUGAGGUCGCGUUGCUCGCAGGAGGAAGAAGCGGCAAGACGGAGCAGGAGGGGAAAAAGCCUCCGGAGCUGCCCCCGAACAGGAGGAGGAGUCUCGGCGGCAGGCCCAGGCGCGGCCCCGGAGGCAGCAUGGAGAACUCGCAGCUGUGCAAGCUGUUCAUCGGCGGGCUGAACGUGCAGACCACGGAGGCCGGGCUGCGGGAGCACUUCGCAGCCUACGGCACCCUCACCGACUGCGUGGUCGUGCUCAACCCGCAGACCAAGCGCUCCCGAUGCUUCGGCUUCGUCACCUACUCGGCAGUGGAGGAGGCGGACGCCGCCAUGGCCGCGUCCCCCCACGCGGUGGACGGGAACGCGGUGGAGCUGAAGCGGGCCGUGUCCCGGGAGGACUCGGCCAAGCCCGGCGCUCACGCCAAGGUGAAGAAGCUCUUCGUGGGCGGCCUCAAAGGGGACGUGGGCGAAGGGGACCUGGUGCAACACUUCAGCCAGUUCGGCCCCGUGGAGAAGGCCGAGAUCAUCGCCGACAAACAGAGCGGGAAAAAGCGCGGCUUCGGUUUCGUCUACUUCCAGAACCACGACGCCGCCGAUAAGGCGGCCGUGGUCAAGUUCCAUCCGAUCCAGGGCCACCGAGUGGAGGUCAAGAAGGCCGUGCCCAAGGAGGACAUCCAGGCGGGCGGGGGAGGCGGCGGCUCGUCCAGGCCCUCCCGGGGAGGCAGAGGAGGAAGGGGUCGGGGUGGCGGCGGCUCCGGCAACCGGGAUCACAACGGGCUUUCCAAAGGAGGCGGCGGCUACAACAGCUACGGCGGCUACGGCGGGGGAGGAGGCGGCGGGUACGGCUCCUAUGGCAGCGGUUCCUACGGAGGCGGCGGCGGAGGGGGAGGCGGAGACUACGGCAACGGGUACGGCGGGUUCGGCAGCUACAGCCAGCACCAGUCCUCCUACGGCCCCAUGAAGAGCGGCGGAGGAGGUGGAGGAGGGGGCGGCAACUGGGGGGGCCGCAGUAACAGUGGACCGUACAGAGGAGGCUAUGGUGGGGGGGGCUACGGGGGCGGCUCUUUCUGAGCUGGAGCGCCCAUACCCAUUGAUGGGGGGGCGUGCAGAGCCCUCCCUUCGAUACGGGGCAGCUUCCAAAUGGUUUCUCCCCUCAUUCGCCGAAGGGCAGCUCCUUUUAAAUGCCUCCCUGCUGUGGGAGCGGCUCCUAAAUGCCCCCUGAGGGUCGCCUCUGCUGCCUGUGCCACUUCUUUCUCUCUGAAGAUGGACUGGGCCCCACAUACACAUAUUUUGUGUUACAGUCAUUGAUGGACUCUAUUUUUUUAUUAUUACUUGGACCUUGGUCGUUUUUAUACUAGCAACGGAAAAUGUCUUGUUUUAAUUUGUUUUUUGGGGGGUGCGGGGUGGGAAGUGUCUUGCUGAUCUGGAGUAAAAACUGGGGAGGGUUGGGGGGAAGUUCCUUUGUUGUAAGGACUCGAUGCCUGGAUACUACGUUUUUUUCUACAAAAGCUACUCGGAUCCCAUGACUGACUUUUAACAUUUCUGUAAAGGAAGAAAAAUGGUUUUUACGUUUUUUAUUUUUUAAAUAAAUCAUUGUGUUCAUUGACCUUUACACGUCUAAUUUUUUUUCCUAGGAUCAAUUCCGUACGGUUUUAAGGCUUUUCUAGGUUUGAAGCAAGUGUUCCUCUGCUUUAAAAUCUCUGUGUACUUAGAGUAGUAAAUAUUUUGUUGCCAGUAAAGGUCCUAACUGACUUUUUUGCUAGUGGCUUUCAAACACUCGACAGAGAAAUUUUUGAAGUACUAAUCCGUGGAUGUGGUCUGUUUUUUAAAUACUCGUUCUCACUUUGGCAGUUUGUGUGCAUCCACCAUCUUGUACUAGGCAGUUUGACGUGCUGACAUGGUUGGUCAAUUUUUUCUAUAGAACUUUGCCAUCAACGUAUGUACUGUGUAGUUUUGAAGAAAUAGUUUGUGUUAAGCAUGUGCUUCAUUCAUAUAAAAUGUUCAGAAUUUCUUAUUGCUUAGUUUUCAAGUCUUUGGUUUGUCUGUGUGUGAUUCCUUCCAGGAAAGGGUCGACAUUUAUCCCUUCUAUUAAAGGCAUACUUGUUUUCCUAGCCCCGGGUUAACAGAUUUCACUCGGAACUGUUGUUCCUGCAAGUUCCCUGAGAACCCUCGCAGCUCCAUCUGCUGUCAGCAUGGCAGCCCCGUGCUGGGGCUUCCUUAAAGCAGGAGUAAAACUGGCUUGCUGACGAUUGUACCAGACUUUGGAAAGUUAUUUUGUGCUACUAGAUGGCUGAUGUAGAGUGCAGUGACAUCUGCAUGUGAAUAAAAUGGGGUCCCUGACUGCUGGUUGAGUGGGAGGGGGAAGGAAUGGAUUUGCAAUACCUGCCUCAGCACGUAAUUGAACAAAUAAUAAUUGCAGUUUGCCCAUAUUUCAGAAAGUGGUGAUCUAAACUGGGCAAAGAGCUCUGAGAAGUGAGCCAGCAAGUGUACCAGUAACAUAGGUGCCAGUUGUAAAGCAAAGAUAUCUGUGUAGUCUGCUUGAUUAAAAAAUGUAUAUUUGUAGCCCUUUCACGCAAUAGAAUUAAAGUUUGUUGUUUAUUAAAAAGCAUAAUGUUUUAGGGGAAAACUGCCUUCCUGCAUAGAAAUAUAGAAUAGCAACGUUUAUGGGUUUAUGGAUAUCAAAUAAAAGAUUUGAAUUCCUUA